CACAGGCGCUUCCAGAAACGCAGACGACCACCACAACCGCGACAACGUGCACACCCAUCCAUCCACACGACCUGCAUUCACCACAUCACAGCAGCACAUCGCACAUCGCACCAUCACCGGCCGGCAAGAAGCGAAAAGGAAAAACGCCACGAUGACAACAACGCAAGCGACCGCAGAGUGUGUUGGGAUUGACCUUGGCAGCGCCGCCAUCGUUGCAGGGCGCCUGCUUCCCAACGGCGCUGUCGACAUCCUCCUCACACCGACCGGCGGACGCGCAACCGCCCCAGCAGUGUCGUUCCAGGGGAAGCGGCGAUAUGUUGGCCAGGGUGCAAUGGACCUGGCCACCUCCAACAUGCGCAACACCAUCACAGACUGCAUCGAGGCCAUCGCCGGCGAGCAUGAGACCAGCGCCGACAACGCCCGCGCCCGCGACGGCAUCAUCGUGACGCGCGUCCCACACACGUGCGAGGACGACGGCACCGUCAAAUACACGGUGCAAUACGAGUUGAAGGAGGGCGAGGACCAAGCCACCUUCACGUCCACGGAGAUCCUGGCCAUGCUGCUGAUGGAGGCCACGGCAUCCCUGGACGCCACAUCCCCGCACACGAUUGUGCUCGCCAUCCCAGACGUGUACGACGACCAGGCACGCAAGCGGGUGGGCGAUGCGUGUGUCCUCGCCGCCGAGCUGAGCGGCAAGCCGCUGUCGUUCCACGUCGUCGGCAGCAGCGUGUGCCUGGCAGAGCGCUUCACGCAACGGUAUGCGGGCAAGGCGACCCCCAGCACCAGCAGUGAUGGCACUGCCAACGAUGGCGACGGCAACAACAACGACAACGACACAGAUGAUCACACCGAAUAUGUCAUGAUUGCUGACGUUGGCAAGGCGUUCAGCAGCGUGAGCGUUGGCCUACACGUCAAGGGGACGGGAGCACUGGAGCUGUUGCACACGAGCAGCCUUCGCUUCGGCUGCGACGACCUUGACGCCGCCCUGGCCAAACACGUGCUGGAACUGCUUGCACGCAAGAACGUGCAAGUGGACACGUCGAAGCGCGCCGGCCUGCGACUGUUGAAGGAGUGCGGUGCAGCCCGCAAGAUGCUCAGUGCCAACAAGUCGGCAACGGUGGUGCUGGAGGCCUUUGGGCCCAACGACGACAACUACCACUUUGACAUUUCACGCGACAUGUUUGAGUCUGUCUGCGCCACGGAGCUGCAACGCUUCAAGGCCGCUGUCACCGAAGCCAUGACGGUCAGUGGUGUUGCUGAUGAUGCGGCGGCGAAGGUGGACGGUGUUGAGCUGGUGGGCGGCGCCACUUGCAUCCCCAUGAUCCAGAACGCCCUCGUGGUCGCUGUUGGCGGUGAUGACAGCAAGCUGCGCUGCACGCUCGACCGCUCUGCCUGCGUCGCCAUUGGCGCGGCGUUGCUUGCAGGCAAGAUCGUCGCAGACGAGAAGAAGGAGCACAAGCAGGAGAAGAAGGAAGAAGGGCAAGUAGAUGACGACGACAACAAGGCUGACAAGGCAGCGGAGGGGGAUGCGGAAACACCAGCUGUCGAUGGGCUGGUGGCCCGUGUUGGUGGCGUGGCGCAGUGGUCAUCGGAUGACGCCAGCAAGAGCGACACCGUCGCCCGCCUCAAGCAAGUCAUCGACCAGGACGCUUUCAUGCGCAGGAUCAUGGAUGCGCGCAACACAUUGGAGGCGUAUGUGCUCAACGCCAAUUCCCUCGGCGACGGCCCGCACGGCAACCUGUUCAACCGCGAGCAGACGCAGCCCCUCCUCGACGAAGCGCUCGAGUGGAUCGACAGCGAUGCAGCGCACGAGACAACGACGCCCGAGCCGUUUGAGGAGCGGUAUGCGCAGCUGAAGGCCAAGGUCGAGGAGAUCAACGCAGACAUGUUCGCCAAGAUCGGGGCCGACGAGGAGGAGAAGGCAAGGCAGGCGAAGCAGGAGCAGGAGCAGUGGGUAAAAGACCGCGAAAACGAAGACAAGGAUGACCACGACUUCCGCAAGCUUCCAAAGGAGAAGCGCAUGCAACAGGUGAUGCGCAACAAGAACGAGGCGACGGAACUGUUCAAGGGCGGCAACUACGCCCACGCCACCGCGCGCUAUGCACGUGCACUGGCCCUCACUACCAAGUUCUUUGACCUCUCCCCAGACGACGAGAAGGAAGUCAACGACGUCAAGUGCGUGCUGAACCUGAACUUGGCCAUGUGCUACAUCAAGCAGUCUGCAUGGAAGAAAGCGCUUGCAUCAUGUGACGAGGCACUGGCCAUCAACAAGGACAGCGCCAAGGGAUGGUACAGGAAGGCGCUUGUCCUGGAGAACAUGAAGGACUAUGACCAGGCCGUGAAGGUGGCAAAGGAAGGGGCGCGCAUUGCACCGGAGGACGCUGCCAUGGCCAAGCUGCUGCGGCGCGUGGAGGCGAAGAAGACAAAGGCAAUGGAGCAGCAGAAGAAGCUCUUCUCCAAGAUGUUCGCUUGAUUCUCGCGCGAUGAACGCACAAUGAACGACGGGAGGUUAGGGGUCGUCGGGUAGAGGGUGUGUGUGUGUGUGUGUGUGUGUGUGUGUGUGUGUGUGUGUGUGUGUGUGUCCGUCUGUGUGUGUGUGUCUGUGUUGGGUUGUGGGCUAGUCAGUGGUGAUGUUAGGUGACGUGGAUCGCUUGCUGUAGAUCUGUGGCCCACUUGUCGUGAUGGUCAUCGAGAACUUUGGAUCGGAGAUGCCGCUUGUUCUGUUGUUUGGGUACACGCACGUACGUACAUGAGAAGUGGCGUAUGUUUGUGUUGCCUUGCUUUGUUCACCAGUCAGCCA